ACCGGGAAGGGAAACCCAACAAGACGUCUCCACUCGUCCACAGCGCCGAGGAGCCGAUGCCGACGACACCCGGAGCCAUGGCCCUGCCGCUGCUCGGCUCCCCUUUCUCCCCGUCCCCUGCCACACGACCUUCGUGCUCAUCCAGGAGGAAAUGUGGCACUGCUGCACGCAUGAAUUUGAGAUGCUCCAUGGAAGAGAAAGUGCCUCCCAGAAACACUGCGAUAUCCAAGCACUUGCUGUCAUGCCUCGCUGCUUCUCUUGUGCUCGUCGCUCCACCUAGUCAGGCUAUUCCUGCAGACACCUUUGCCCAGCCGAGCCUGUGCCAGGUUGCAGUGGUGGCGGCCAUCGACAAGGGUGCCGUUCCUCUGAAAUUCGACGGCCCUUCGGAUGAUGGUGGCUCUGGCAUGAUGAUGAUGAAGGGCAUGACUGCCAAGAACUUUGAUCCGGCUCGAUACUCGGGUAGGUGGUUUGAGGUAGCGUCGCUGAAACGUGGGUUUGCUGGGCAGGGACAAGAAGACUGCCACUGUACUCAGGGAGUGUAUACAUUUGACGAGAAGUCGCGCGCAAUCCAAGUGGAGACAUUCUGUGUCCAUGGUUCACCAGAUGGAUACAUCACCGGUAUCCGGGGGAGGGUGCAAUGCCUGUCUGAAGAGGACAUGGCUAGUGCCGAGACAGACCUCGAGAGGGAGGAGAUGAUCCGCAGCAAAUGCUUUCUCCGCUUUCCCACACUCCCCUUCAUACCCAAGUUGCCCUAUGAUGUCAUUGCAACUGAUUAUGACAAUUACGCUGUUGUGUCUGGAGCUAAGGAUGCAAGCUUUAUUCAGAUAUACUCAAGAACACCUAACCCUGGACCAGAGUUCAUCGAGAAAUACAAGUCCUACGCUGCUAACUUCGGCUAUGAUCCGAGCAAAAUCAAGGACACACCGCAGGAUUGCGAAGUCUCAUCGGACCAGCUUGCACAGAUGAUGUCAAUGCCCGGGAUGAACGAGGCACUGACGAAUCAGUUCCCGGACCUGAAGCUGAAGUCCUCAGUUGCAUUCGACCCGUUCACAAGCGUGACCCAGACCUUGAAGAAGCUCGUUGAACUGUACUUCAACAACUUCAGCGCCGGCGGCGACGACUGGUGCAUCCGGUUCUACCCGGACGGAGCCACGGAGCACUACGCUGGCAACGCGUCGGUCUACCUGUGCUACCUCGGCCAGGCGAAUCACGUCCGGGCAAAGUUCACCUUGACCAUGCUGGAGAAACAGGGCAAAGUGCAGGUAACGGACAAGGGCCGGCAAGAGCACGAGUUUUCUAGGGUACAUCCUGACUGGGGAUUCCCCAAGUUUGUCGAGAAAUCGAGGCUGUUGGGAUCAUCCUCCCUCCUCACGAUGAUGGCUACCGUCCUCACCAUGAUCAAACCGCCGCGUACGGAGCUCAGGAAAGACCUCGUUGUGGUUCCGCCUGUGGAGCUUCCAGGGCACCUCGCCCGCGCGCUCACGGACGGGACAGAGGUGGACGUCACAUUCCGCGUGGGAGGCCGGGCGUUCGACGCGCACAGGACCAUCCUCGCCGCACGGUCGCCCGUCUUCCAAGCGAUGCUCUUUGGCCCGAUGAUGGAGAAGGAUACGCGGAGUGUAGAGGUCGUGGACGUGGAGCCCGACAUCUUCGAGUUGCUCCUUCACUUCAUCUACACGGACUCGCUGCCCCCGUGCAGCGACGGCGGCGAAGAAGAUCGCAGCUCCGCCGCGAUGCAGCAUCUGUUGGUCGCCGCUGAUCGCUACGGGAUGAACAGGCUCAAACUCAUGUGCGAAGACAGGCUCUGCAAAAGCAUCGACGUGGAGACCGUCACCACGACGUACGUGCUGGCGAAUCAGCACGACUGCGAGAACCUCAAGAACGCCUGCUUGGAGUUCAUAUCGUCGUCGACGGAAGUAACCGACGCCGUCGUGGAGAGCCAAGGCUUCAAGCAUGUCUUGGCAAGUUGGUCCCUUCUAGAGAAGAGACGCGGCAACAAGGUCGCCCAGAAGUAG